CUCUCUCAAAUCUGAAAUCAAACCACCAAGUCUCUCUCUUUCUCUCUUUCUGUAUUCCUCUGCUGGCCGGAGAGAUUUGUCACAGCCCGAAAUAUCUGUGGGUCGAAUCAGAUCAAAAAAAAUUUGUUCAUCGGUUCUUGAGCUUUGCUACUGUUGGAGAUUCGAUUCUAAGGUUUUUCCAAAAACAGUAUAGAUUGUACAGAGAGGUACAAUAAGUCAAAGCAUUUCAAGCUGGUCUUUUUAAAUAAGAGCCCUGUAUGUGAUUGAGGGCAACAAGUGUUUUUCCUCUUCUACUCUGAAGAUCUGAAGGAUUCAAAGUGGAAGUCUUGUGGGUUUUUUAUCUUUCUGGGUAUUCUUCAGUUUCGCCUGGAAAUUAAGAAGAAAAAUGUCUGCUUCAACGUCUGGAGAGAAACUACAUGUACUUGCUGUGGAUGAUAGUGUUGUUGAUAGGAAGUUGGUUGAAAGGUUGCUUAGAAGCUCUUCCUUCAGAGUAACGACUGCAGAUAGUGCAAAAAGAGCAUUGGAGUUACUGGGUUUGGGAAAAAACAGUUCACAUUGUCAGGAGUUGCAGGAGCCAAAGGUGAACAUGAUAAUCACUGAUUACUGCAUGCCAGAGAUGACAGGAUUUGAUCUUCUCAAGAUAGUAAAGGAAUCAUCAACUCUGAGGGAAAUCCCAGUAGUUAUUAUGUCUUCUGAGAACGUUCCAACCAGAAUCAAUAGAUGCUUGGAAGAAGGAGCAGAGGAGUUCUUGCUGAAACCUCUUAGGCAAUCCGAUGUGUCGCGGUUGCAUAACAAUAUGGUGCGUAUGAAUAGGGUUAGCUGACAUUGGACACAGAUUUGAAGCUGAAGCAACAGAAGGGCCCCCCCUUUUUUUUGUUGGGUAUUUUGUAGAUGGAGCUCUGUUAUACAAGAAGGAAAACAGGUUUUUUCUUUUGGGUUUUUGGGAAGGGAGUUGAGGGGGUUAAAAACCUUAAAAAUGGGUAACAGGGUAAUUUCAUAUGAAAAAAAGGAGUAAUAUGAGGAUGCUUUUAGUUAUGUACGGUUUGUUCUUGAGAUCUUGUUGAUCUGAUUUUACAUUUUCCUGCCAUAUUUCUCCCUUUCAAUCUUUCAAUGGACCAAGCUAGCUUACCCAAGAAAAGAAAGGUAAAAAUUUUCCUUUUACAUAUCCAUGGCUACCCUUCACCUGCAAAUCCUUGGUAAUGAUGGGACUCCGGGUGUGGAGAUUCCUCUUCACCAAAAACUUAGUCCAAAAAGAAAUAUCAUCUGUAUUUGUAAGCCAUUGGGUCUCCUAGAUCAAGGAUUUAGAUUCCUGAAA